AUGGUUACGGCUGCAGCUAUCAUCGUUGACUACGUGCAAUCUCACGGCUUUAUUGCUAAUCCCAAACCUUCAUGGAAAAAGGGAAAGACUGAGAAUCAAGAGUGGAUUGUAGAAAUUGAGCCCCAGUGGAAAGGUGAUUGGGACAAAGUUAAUGGUGAUAAAGGUCUUCUGGCCCUUUUUAAAGAAUUGGGAACGAAAAACAACUUUAAAGAUCUCCGAUCGCUGUUUGAGGGCAAUCCAAUAUACGGUGAAGAAUGCGGUUACACAGACCCCAAAGGCCCCCCUGCUGAUCGACCAAAUGAUGGCGCUGCUACCUUUUCACGUGGGAUUUUACACGCUGGUACAUGCGAAAUAUGGUUUGAUGAUAAAAUGGUCCUUCAGAACGACGAUUGCCAAUCCGCGUACGGUGAUGGUACGAAAAAGACAAUUUCUGUUCUGAAGCCUGUUGAUUACGGAUUAUGUGCUCCCGAAGGCUGCAUGCUUCGAUUUUACUGGCUUGCCUUACAGCGUAUUGACAAGACAGUUUGGCAAGUCUACAGAAACUGUAUUCCCUUGAAAGGUUCUGGUGGUGGCGGCGGUAAGGAUUCCGAUCCUACUCAGGAAUCACCCGUUCAAGAGGACGUAUCGUCGAAAAGCAAGAGUGAUUCGGACUCUUCCAAGAAGUCUGAUUCGGACUCUUCCAAGAAGUCUGAUUCGGACUCUUCCAAAGAAACCGAUUCGGACACCAAGUCCGACGAAGACGUUACGCAGGUCACUCCUACUACCGAUGACUCGAAAUCUCCGUCGCCGACACCUGAUUCGAACACUUCGUCAGAUAAAACGCCUGAGAUCACCCCAGCCCCGACCCCGGCCCCAAGCAGCAAAUGCAAAGGGCAACGCCGUCGCAAUUAA